AUGAACCCUGAUCAUUUUACUCCCACUUCCCCACCAGUUAAACAGGAGGGUCCUAAGACUCUGAGCAGUAUUCCUGGUGGGCCAUCUCCUUCUGGUGGGCAAUCUCCUGCUGGCCAAAGUAACACCAAGAGAAGACCCUACAGUGUUGAUGGUUCUCCUAUUUCACCUUCUGGAGAUGGUCAGUCAACGCAGGAGAGGCCACUUCCAAGAUCAGCCAGCCUUCAGAAUAAGCAAUCCUCGCACGUGGCUGCUUAUCCCAAAGUCCGGGCAUCUUCAUAUCAUGGAGAAAAGUUUGCUGGGUCUGCUAGCGUUUCAAGUCCAGGAUCUGGCUUCGGAAGUGCCGAGAAGGAAAACUCUGUUAAUUUGGUCCAGGGAAGCAGUGUCGACAGGAUGAUGGAGAAAAUGUCUCUGCAGAAGUCAGACCAAUCAUUGAAAGCAGGUAAAAGUCCUGGAUGUCCAGAUGAUGAUGACAGCGAGAAUCAUUCACCCAUGCAAGUGGGACCAAUAAGCCCAUCAUCACAAUCAGGCACUGGCCAGGAUGGAGGCUUACCAACUCCAUCCACAGCGGUGAUGACAGGUUCCCAAGGAAGCAAUCCAUGUGGGAUGUCAUUUUCGCAUCAGGAUCUGGGAUCGAUGACUUGGCCCUUGAAGAAUCGAUCUGAGAAGAAAGGAUGCAACAACCGUCGUAAAGUUAAGAAGAUGGAGCCCAUGAAAGAACUGGAGGCAAUGAAUGAGGCUCAGCGACUCGACAGGAUCCAAGAGAAACAAAAUGAUAUAUUGGAGAAGACACAGACGGCAGAGGAAGGGGCAGAACAGCAGCCCAUGACCAAUCUCGACAAAAUCACCAUACACUGCAAGGAGUGCUCCGCUCUCGUCUGCAAGGCGUCAGAGCUCAGACGAAAGGGGGAUGCUGGUCCCGUGACCUGUACUAAUCCAGAGGUAAACAGAUGGGUGGAGAAGGUGAGGUACAGCACACUGCAGCGUAACCGGAACAGCGACACAGUUGGUCUCAUAACAUGCGGCACUUUUUACUGUGGCAACCAGUUAGGCAUCAUGCCGAAAUCCCUGACUCUGCAGCCACAGGAGGGAUACGACCUGAACGCUCAGAGCGUCAAGGUCAUCGAUGAGAUGGGCGGCGUCACAUACCCCGUAGAGUGGGAGGAGACAGGUUUUCAGGUCGUGCAAGGUUAAGAGUGAAGCCAUUUCCGAUUCCUGCCAAACCCAAGUAUUCUAAGAUAUACGACAUAGUUAUCUUUUAAAAUUUGAAAAUUGCCUGUUAUUGCUUUUUACUUCCUUUUUAAUACGAUCAGCAUGGGUUUUAACUCUGAAUCAACGUACAGUUAUAUUUUGUUGACAUCGUCUCUGUGACUUUAUAUGUCAGUGAUGUUUUUAACAUAAAUUGCAGCAAAUAUAUUUGUCUUAUGUUUCCACUGCCUCUUUAACCUUAUGUUUCAUUUCUAUGCAAAGCAAAGCACGUGUAUGCCUUUUUUUGUUAAUUUGCUCAGCCUCUGAAAUCAUGGAUCAACGAAAUUGCAGAAUGAUUGUUUGCCAAAUAGAGCUAUAUUUUUUCAU